AUCUGUCACUUGUCACUGUCAAGUCGCUCGUCAAUACAGCUACCGAACCGAUGUCAAAUCGAAUAUAUUAUAUUAAUUUCCAUUUCUGAAUUCUGAUUUAUCAGAUCAAAGUUUCUAUAAAACCAGAUAAAGUAAAGCUUAUAUCAAGUUACAUUUAAGGAUACCACUUUCUGAUAAUGUGUCAGUACGAUUUAUAAGUUAGAAUGUCGUUAGAACAAACUGCAUGUGAUGCCGUUCUUACAGACUUAAAGGCAUUUGAGAGGCGGCUUACUGAAGUCAUAGCAUGCUUGCAGCCUGCUACCACUAGAUGGAGAAUUGUAUUAGCAGCGGUGUCACUAUGUACUGCGAUUGCGGCGUGGCACUGGCUCACGGACCCCCUCACUCCAGUGGUGUCACUCACACAAUCGCUGUGGAAUCACCCAUUUUUCGCUGUCACUUCUACUCUGCUGGUGUUGUUAUUCAUGAUGGGAGUACAUAGGAAAGUGAUCGCACCCAGUAUUAUAACAGCAAGGACUCGCUCAGUGCUCAAUGACUUCAACAUGUCAUGCGAUGAAACAGGAAAACUGAUCCUCAAACCUCGGCCCGCAAACAACAUGACCUGUCUUAGUCACUAGUUCCAUUAAGUUCCAAUUGUUUUCUAUCCUAUUCAUUAAGGUUAUAAAAUAAAACAAUUUAUGAGAUACUA